AGGGCUGGGCCGGCAGCACCGCCCCGCCCCGGCCGCACCGCGGCGGCUUCACGGAGCGCUCGCCCGGCCGGGCUCCCCCGGCGCAGCCCCGGACGCGGGACCCGCCGCUCUAGCCAGCAUAAAGGGCACGGUGCUCCCGUAGCGGAGCGGCCCGGCCCAUCUGCGCUCCGUUGCCUGGCGGUGUUGUCAAGCGCGGGGCAUGGCGGCAGCCGGUGCUGCGGCCGGGGCGGGGGAUGAGGCGGCCGGAGCGGGCUUGAUAGUCAACUGCUCAGGUCAAGGAUUGCAAAAGCUGGGUCCAACCUUGCCCUGUGAUGCUGAUACUCAGACUCUGAUUCUGGACAAAAAUCAGAUAAUUAAAUUGGAGCACUUGGAAAAAUGCAGGAAUCUGAUGCAGCUCUCUGUAGCCAACAACCGUUUGGUGCGAAUGAUGGGUGUGGCAAAACUGACCAAGCUCCGAGUGCUCAACUUGCCUCAUAAUAGUAUUGGGUACGUGGAAGGGCUGAAGGAUUUGGUGCACCUGGAAUGGCUGAAUUUGGCAGGAAAUAACAUUAAGGCCAUCGAACAAAUCAAUUCCUGUCUGUCUCUUCAGCAUCUUGAUCUGUCAGACAAUAACAUAGCUCAAUUAGGGGAUCUCUCCAAGCUUACCUCACUGAAGACUCUGUUGCUACAUGGAAAUAUUAUAACUUCACUUCGCACUGCCCCUGCUUGCCUACCUCAGAGUUUGACUGUUUUCUCUUUGGCAGAAAAUGAAAUCAGAGACUUAAAUGAGGUUUCUUUCCUGGCCUCUCUUCACCACUUGGAACAGCUGUCAAUUAUGAACAAUCCUUGUGUGAUGGCCACACCUUCUGUCCCUGGCUUUGACUACAGGCCUUAUAUUGUCAGCUGGUGUCUUAACCUUAAAGUUCUUGAUGGAUAUGUGAUUUCUCAGAAGGAAAGCUUGAAAGCAGAAUGGCUCUACAGUCAAGGGAAAGGAAGGUCAUUUCGACCUGGGCAGCAUGUUCAGCUAGUUCAGUACUUGGCUACUGUUUGUCCUCUCACAUCUGCAUAUGGACUCCAGACUGAAGAGGAUGCCAAACUGGAAAAAAUACUGAGUAAGCAAAGACUCCACCAGAGGCAGUUGAUGCAUGAAAACCAAAAUGAGGAACCACGUACAUUUUCUGCUCCCAGUAAAACAGUGCCAGUUGCUCAUGAACACAGUGCCCUGGCCCAGCCAUCACAGAUGGUUCUUGAGAAGGAACCUGUUAUCCAGAGAAAUUCUUGGGUUGGACCAAGUGCAAACAAUGAUCAUUCCUAUGCAGUAAAGAACACUUUUCUUCAUGAAAGAAGCUUUCCCAAGGAGCUACACCUCGAAGAUGUACAGACAGAUGAAGACAAACUAAACAGCAGCCUUUUAUCCUCAGAGUCUACUUUCAUGCCAGUUGCUUCAGGAUUGUCUCCAGUGUCUCCUGCUUCAGACCUGAAGCUACAUGGAAUCAAUUUGAGCCUUGAAGAUGAUGAUGAUACAGUGAUUGAAGGUGUGAGAGGUAUUAAUCAUAGGGAAACAACUAAAAAGCAAGAAGCUUCGUCUGUUACAGGAGAGCACUCCAAUAGAGCAACAGGAAGUGUGGAAACACAAGAGAAUAUCAAAGAAAUCCUGCAGGUGCCUGCUCCUGAUCAGGUAAGAGCUGGCCUGGCUGCUUGGACUGGCAACUAUUUGGGGUCCUCUGAAGGCCAAGUUCGGCACAGUCACCCCAGCACCUUGCUAGGUGCUGAAUUAGGAGUAAAAAUUCUUUGUCCUGACCAGAUGACAGAAGAAAGGUCUGGUUCACUGGCUGGGCAAGGUGCAGCACCAUCUGAUCGAGGUGCAGCUGAACUGCAAAGGAUGACUGAAGCAGCUACCAAGCUCCAAGCUUCCUGGAGAGGGUUUUACACCAGGAACCACCAUCCUCAAGCCAAGGAAGUGCGGAAUGAAAUUCGCCUACACAGAAUGCAGCAGCACAUCAUUUAUUUAACAGCUGAAAUAGAAAAACUGAGGAAAGAAAGAGAGGAAGAUGAAAUGCAAAGGCUUGUACAGGAGGAAGCUAUCAAAUUUCUUUGGAACCAGGUUAAAUCCCUUCAACAAUGGCAGCUUUCAGUGAUGCAGAAUUUAGGUGGUGCUGGGAUCCCUUCAGCCAAUACUUUAUGUUUAUCCAAACCACCUCUUCAGUCAUCCACAGUGGAGCAAGAAACCCCACCAGCUGCUAGUUCUGCUUUGUUAGCUCCAGCUAGUGAGGAUGAUCUUCAGGAAAAGUCUUCGUUGCAGUUCCCAGAUUCUGGCUUUCAUUCUUCUGCAGCUGAUCAGACUCGUGCCAGUGAACUGUGCAGCUCUGCAAAGAGCUUAGCUGAAGGAAGUGAGAGCUCCCUUUCAAUGGAAACCAUCAAACAAUAUGGCAAUUGUGUUUCAGCAUGUUGUUCAGAUGGAGAGGAUGGCCCUGGGGAGGGUGGGCAAAGUAAAGAGAGCUCUAGUAAUGCGCAGGACAACAGACUGAUAGAACAGUAUUUAAAAUCUGUUCAGCAGCUGGAAGAGGCUGAUGAAGACACAGAUUGCAAUGAGGAAAUGGAGGGCAGCUGUCUACAAGUGUCUGUGUCAGCAGAAAGCCAAGAUUCUUCCUCUGACACUGUCUCUGUAGAGCUCCCUCAAGACACAUCUUCCCCUGUCCGAGGUGAAAUCUGCCAGAUACCACCAGAAAGCUACAAACUGAAUUCAGGAAUAGUAGAAGGGAAGCAAACAGACUGUGAUUCUUCGUUUCAGAUGCUGCAUGUUGGGAUAGCUGUAUAAUAGGAUCGUUUCCACAAAAGACUAGGGAUUCCAUUUCACUUUCUCUUUCUUCUUCCUGUUUAUACAAAACUUACUUUUCAUGUGUGCUGUUUCAGAUUCUGACUCAUGUUAUGAAUUUAUGUUGUAAUUACUAUUUUAUUGAUGUUGCUGAGGAUGGAUACUAACUGUGCUAACCUGAAAUCAGCAAAGUUCUCAGUGACAAUCAUUAUGCACUUUAUUUUCAAACAUAAAACUGGUAUCCUAAUAACUGGCCUCCAUUAAAUUAAUUCUGAAGAUUGGUGGGUGGAUGGUGGUGGUGGUAGUGUUUGCUGUAAAUUCACUUUGGUGAAUGUGUUAGUAAGUAUUUGUUUGUUUUUUUCCUGCAAAGAAAGAUUAAAUUCUUAUUUUGCAAAGAGAAGAAAACAAUAUGGGAAGAAAUUGAGUCAAUACAGGUAGUAUAUCCUGUCAUAGGCAGGAUACAGCCUCCUGAGAAAGAUGAAAAGUUGCUUUUCAGACUUCUUUUGACUGAAACAAGAGUAACUUGGUCAGUGUAUCAAAGAUGCAUUCCAGAAAACCAGUGUCCAAGUCAGUGACUUUUUUGUAAAUAACUUGAAGCUGCUGGCAAGGAAUUAGAUCAUUUACAUACACACUGAAACAAGGACUUACAGGAGAGAGACCUCAGGGAGCUUCAAACAAGCUUUGACCUUUGUUUGCCCUGGGGUUGAAUUUCCCUGCCUUCUCAGGUAAGACUCAAAAUGGAACCAGUAGCAACCAGGACUAAGGAAGAAUUGCAGAAGGGCAUAUGAUUUGGGAACAUCAUUUCCAGGACUGCCCUCUGGGUUACAGCAGCAGAUUUGGUGGUGUAUGUUUUGCUCCACUAGGAUGCUAAUGUCCAUGUGGGAUUUGGAUUUGAGUGGCUUUCAGGACAUCAGUGAGUUUGAUGGAUCACAACUACUUCUAUCUACAGGUAUAAAUACUAAAAGCAAAUGCCAUGACUUAACUAUUUCCUGAUAUCUCUGUUGGGUUUUUUGGUUGUUUUUUUCCCCCCAGUAUAUCCACUAGUUGACAUUUUAAUUAAAUGUGGAUAAAAGGUUGUAUUUCUUCCCUGUUAGUAAAUAUGCUGAGAUACCUAGGCUAUGCUUUCCACUUACAAACCCUGCUGCUUUCCCAGUGUUUAUCUUACCCAGCCAUUGCUGUGUUGGGUUUUUCAAUGGAAAACAGUCAGGUAUCUUAGUAUACUUCAACAGUGACAAGGGAAUCCUGUUUUGCCAUGUGAUUUGUGAUAAUAGUGAAAUAAAAGUUGAUGUUGUGAUUUACAGGGGUCAGUUGCAUUUUGCAACAUGUACUGGAAGCCCAGUGUUGCAGUAGCUUGCUAAUGUUUACUUCUCAGUUACAAAGACACAUGCUUAUGGUAAUUCUCUGGAUCCACAGUUAACUUCUGAUGCUAUGGUGUCACUAAAACCAACUAACACUCUUUUAAAAGGACUCUUAUGGCCACGUUACCAUGUAAAAUAAUUUAGUUUUUGUGAAAGCUUUGGUGCAUGUCUGCUUUUGGUUCCAAGCUGAAAUUUGCCACUACUCAGGAGUUUGGUAUGAGGCUAGUAUCUGCUUGAGGCAUCAAAAUAUCCUUUAUUUAGAACAUAAAUGGUGUUUUGGACUUGUACCAGCCAUCUUCCCAGUGGUGAAGUUCACCUUGGAAGAAUAAAGCUUGCCUCUGUGUAUAGAGUAGCCAUCAUCUCUUUUUCUCCCAUCCCACAAAAGUUCUAGGGCACCAACUUCUCCAAAGAGCUGUCUCUGCAGUCAGGCUGACCUUUGACUGUGCCUUGCAUAUGUGGGAGCAUUAAAGAAAACCCAGAACAGCAGAGGUGGUAGGUUCUUAAUGUGCUGUCUUUCUAGCUGAAUGUAGUCACAGCGCAUUGGUAGCAUGACCAUAUUCAUAAUUAGAUCUUGGAGCACAGUUGUGCUUGGGUAUUGAAAAUGGUACAGGUGCAUUAGUGUAUCACAGUGCCUGAUUACCUGGGCAAAGCAGUGUGGAGUCCACAGGAUCAUAGCCUUGUCCUCUGAAGGUGCUGAACUUGGCUUUAAAUCUGCCAUGCCUGGGGAUCUGCAGUUCAUAGGACUUAGCUCUUUGAAUGCCAAUAUGUUAUAUAAAACCCCAAAUGUCAAAUUGCAUAUUGAGAGAGGAAUUAUUUCAGUGUUUGAAGCAGCUCUGGAUCUUGCACUCUGGAGGCAGUGGCCAGGUCUAAGUUCUCUUCCAUGGCAGAGUGCUUUAUUGCAAGACCUGGAAGAAACUAGACCACUGCCUGGAUAACAAUGUUUCUCUUACUGGAGACACUAAGGGAGUGCAUGUAUUUUUCUGUUUUGGAUUGUCCCUUUUGCUGCACAGUUAGAGGUGAAACUUUUGGAGUUGUCAGAGGGGGAAAACUUGGUGCAAGUAAAUUUUUUUAUGGAAGCCCUAGAUGUUUCUUGAUAUUUCCUUUUGUUAUUAGAACUUGCAAGCACAAAGACAAGACAACUUGCUUUAACUAAUGCUGAGGUCAGCUGUUGUCCUUAUUAAUGUGUAACCUGUGUAUACAAAAAUGGUUUUAUGCAGGUACAGCGAAGCAUGUACCGACAAAUAUUCAGCUUUAUCUUACUUUUUCUUGGGAAACAGUGAAAUACUAGAAAAUGUUUUUCUAAUGUUCUGAAAAGUAUCUUGCAUGUGUAGAAGAUGAGUUGCCUAAAUAUAGAGAAAUCAAAGAAUGGUGAAGUUUUUGGAUUAGUUUUUACAGGGUUAAAUGUAAUUAGUUUGUAUAUACAGAAAAUAUUUUCAUCCCGACCAUUAAAAUACCUACAGGGAAAGACAUAAUGAGGGAUACAGUGGAAAAAUAAGGAGUAAAACUGAAUGUAUACUUAAAAUUGUCUUCUUUCAGCCCUGUUUUGAACUCUCAAAAAAUCAUGAUGUGGAAGUAUCAUAGUUUAAUACAUGGCUUAGCAUUUACUCAUCUUUGUUUAAGUAAGUUUCCUUAAUCUAGGUGUGCAAUAUUCUUUUAGCUGGAUAGGGAUGCACAGUUUUUCUUUGGAGGUGAUGGAAAUUUCAUAAAGAAAUUGGAAGGCCUAAAAUACAUCUGAAACUUUCCUGUUUUAAUAUUGUAUUCUUUCCUUUUGAAAGGCUUCAUGAUCAGCAGAAGAAUGUACUUUGUAGAAGAAAAGCUUAUCUCUUGUGUUUUGUCCUGGGCUGAUCCUCCAGUGUUAGUGGGAGAGAUCACUUGGUUAUUUGCCAGGUGAUGUUGCCAGCUCUGCUGUGAGUACAGUUGAAAUGCUUCUUUAAUUUGCUUCAGAAAAAUCAGAUAAAUAUAGCUUAGGCUAUUUGAACUGCACCACACAAGUAGUUUUGCCCCAGAUGAGGUAGCUGGCACAUGAAAGCCUGUUUUCAGCUAGUCUGUGGUAGAAAUGACUCUUUUUCCUCUUUUUCUGAAGGCUGGGACAAGUAGUUCUAUAUACCAUAAAGCAAGAAGACAUUAAGACUGCAAAUUUUAUUUUGCUGCUUCUAAACCACAAAUGUCCUUCAGCAAAUACUUGAGAAAAUCCUUGCUAAACUAAAUUGCAGAAGCCUAACAGUUGUUGAUAGUUAAGUUUCUUAAACAACCAUAGAUUCCACUAUUUGCAUGCAUCAGUUUAAAUAAUGCACUUAGCAGCCAGUCUCUAUAUUAAAAAGUUGGGUUUUUUCUGAAUAAUGUUUAUAUUUGAGCUUGCAAAACUGUUCCUGUUUUUUUUAAUGAAUUUGUAUAUAUUGUCUGAAGAAUUCCAAUUUUUGUUUCUACUUGUAGCAGGUUAUCUGAUGAACAAAAAUGGAAUAUAUGUUCCUUUGAGAUUACCUGGGUAAUUUUUACUGCACUUGAUGUUCUUGUGUGUCUCACAUAGAUACACUUUUUCCUGAGAGGAUAAAAUUGUAGCAGUUAGGGGAAACUGACUAAAUGACAAAAAACCGUAAAAACCGGUCAGUUACCUGCUAGUAGAACAGACACUUCCUUUUUGUUUUUCCUCUCCUGUUGUAUUAACUUUCCCCCCUUCCCCCUUGAGGACGUGCCACCCAAAUGAGUAUGCAUCAAGUAUUCAUAAAGUCUUUCAAAAUGUCUUCUUUUAAUAGUUACACUUCUUUUUUUCCCAGAUUAGCUUUCUAGGACAAGUUACUGAGAAACACUUGCUUUCUAUAUGCUUACCAAAAAGUUGGUCUGUCUAUUUUUAAAUGUUUUCUUUGUCAGUAAUGGAAAAAGCACAGGAUCCCUUUCUUGCAAGAACAUAAACCAGUAUUUAUCAGGAAAGGUGCUUUAUCUCUUGAAAAGUGCCAUGCCAAAUUUUAUUGUGCAAGAGCUCUCAGUAAGAAUCUUUUUCUGGCUUCAUUACGUUUAUAAGUAUAUGGGCCAAAUUUAUUUGUAGCAUAAUUCUACUGAAUUAAUUUUUUUGAGACUUCACAGUGGUAUUCUACCUCUAAACUAGAAUUUGAGAAGAAAAGAACAAUUGGGUACUGGUUUGUCUCUCUAUUUCUUGCUGUUUUCUGUGAAGAAUGGUGGGUGGUUAAAUUGGUACAGUUCAUAUAUUUUCUAUAAGUGUUUAAAUUUUGAAUUUAUUGUUUAAGUAUUUUGUUUGUAUUGCUGAGUUUUGAAUUUUAAAUAAAUGAUUUGUACAUUUAUUGAAAAUUUUAA